GCGUACACAAGAUCGAAGCGUUAAUCGUUUUUCACACGAGGAGAAUUUACGCGUGUAUCGCUUGUCCCCCCACCAGUUGUACUUUAUCACAGGACUGCUACGUUAUCCCCGCGUCUGUACCAAACGGGAAAGGAGUACCAUGACGGACAAAAUAUGCCACAAACUGAUCAAUGAAAACAUUAAAACGUUGUGUCAUGAACCCCUGGGGAGUGACGACGGCUAUGGGAAAAAGCCGCAUGGAAGUUUUAUCAACGGCGUUGGCGUAAACUGCUCCGCGAAGUGCGAUGAAUUGUGUAACAACAUAAAUGACCGACUGCAAAAAAUUAAAGAUAUUGUACACCUGAGGUCAGCAAAGCCAAAUGCAGUCCUGAUAGAAACCCUAACCUAUAUCAAAGAGUACAUAAAGGAAAUACAAAAGUACAUAGAUCUUUUUAACAACGUUAUAUAUGAGGAGAACAAGGCGUAUGCUUAUGUGGAGGAUAUAAUGACCUCUCUGGAUAAGCAAAAUCAGAACAUUCAGAAGAUUUUUCACAUAUGUAGCAAAAAUAUUGUCAUUACGAAGAAUAACAGUGAACUCGUUUUGCAGAAACCGCAAAGCUACUCUUCCCUCUCGGCCAAGUUUGUUAACAAUUUGUUAAGUGUGUGCAAGGAGGAGGGGGAUGAACAGGGGGACAACGCCGAGGGGGAAAAUCACCCUGAAGAUGGGGCCCCCAAUGGUGCCCCGAGUACAGCUCGAAGUGCGACCCAAAACAUAAGCCAAAACGCAAACCAGAACGUAAGACAAAAUGUGAUCUUAAACGAAUGCCCCGGUGAGGACUACAUUAAUUAG